AUGUUCACCCAAGACGGCACUCCAACAUCGGGAGACCUUGAACAGUUCGCUAAGGAAUUUAAACAACGAAGAAUCAAACUUCGUUUCUCGCAGACUGAGGUGGGCUUAGCGCUUGGAUAUCUUUACGGCAACGUGUUUAGCCAGACUACAAUCUGCCGUUUCGAGGCCUUACAGCUGAGUUUUAAAAACAUGUGUAAGCUUAAGCCUCUGUUGAUGAGGUGGCUCGAAGAAGCAGAUACUGACAGGCCUUUUGGAAGCGAGAGCGAGAAGUUGGAAGCUAAGCGAAAACGAAAGAAGAGAACAGCGAUUGAGGUUUCCGUUAAAAGUGUCUUGGAGAACGAGUUUUGCGCAAACCCAAAACCAUCUGCUAGUGAAAUAGGCAUUCUGGCCACAAAUCUCGGCAUCGAUAAAGAGGUUAUUCGAGUGUGGUUCUGCAACAGACGACAGAAAGAAAAAAGGUUAACUUUGAAAGAAACCAAAGAACACGGAAAACCAUGUAGUGGUGAACAAUUUGAGGAGGAAGCACCGCAUGAUCUUGAUGAUAUGACAUCUUUAGCAUAAUUGCUGGUGUUUAAAUUGCACAUCUGUGGUGCAUUUUUGUCUGUUACUAAGUUUUAACAGAAGUACCAGCGUAUUUCAAAUAUUGUUGCCCUUCUUUGUUCGUUUUUACACCUACUCUAUCUAGCUUUCACUUUAAACAUGAUUUAAUAUGUUUAAAUAAAUAAAUAAAUAAAUAAAUAUUUUAAUAACACUACAUUAUGUCACCGUGUGAAUAGAAGAGGAUCUCAGUUAUAUUUCUACGGAAAAUCAAGAAUGUUAUGUGCGAGAAAUUUUAAACUGGAUGACCGUUCUUCCUUUUGAUGAUAAGUAUAUUUAAUCAAGAUCAAGGUAUCUUUUUAAUUUCAGUUCCAUACAUAGACGAAAGAGAGACAGCUUAGGACGGAAUUUCAACAUAUAAGUAAACGAAAAGGGACGAAAAUAUUAUUUUUGUUGGAGUAAAAUAACUACUAGUUAGCACAGUCAAAAGUCAUUUCUGCUCAGGAAGUUCAAACGUAUCGUCGACACCCUGGUGACACCAACUGGUGACACCCAAGAAUGGUUUCGAAUCAGACCACGUGCAAAAAAAAGACUGCCACAGACAGUCAUUACGCUAACUUUUUUUGUCUGACAUCUCGGUAAUUGCCACUCAGGAAAAAAAAAAGAUUAAAUAUUGUUCGGAAAAAAAGCAAUGGGCUGAUCAGAAGAAAAUUUUGCAAUUUUUAGUUCGAGAGCAAUGCGGCGGUAGCAGAGGAAUCUUCGCUACUGUAAUCUGAGUUUAGCUAUCCCGAUGUUCUUAUCUUAUCUAAUGUGUCACGUAACACUCACCUUGUUCCUCGCCGUUGACAAUCAGACAGCAUGGUGGAAUCAGAGAACGCAAGCGUCGCCACCGAUGCAAAUGACACUUUGGAGAAAGACGUAGAGUAUCUUUUGGACCGAACUAACUUAAAAAAACAUAGAGAAGCUUUUAUCCGCUGUGGAGCCGUGAGAGUGAAGGAUUUUCUUGACUUAGGAGACGACAAGCUAGCGGAGAUAGGUCUUAACCAAAUGGAAGUUCAAAAUCUUAGAGGAAAUCUUCAUGAAAUCCAAGCAGAAUUGAAGGGAGGAAACAGCAAUUGCAAUGGUAAUUAGGUUUUCUCUCUAGUAAACGAAUGUGAUAUUUAGAUUUUGGCAAGGUAUAGUCAACUUCAUUAAAUACACAACUCGAUAAGCAGUCUUUUCGUUUUGCAGUCCGCCAUUUUGAGAACGGAUCGAAAAUGGCGCCAAUUACAUUGUUUAUCUUUUUCUUAAGGGAAUCGAAUGUCAUUGAUUUCCGCACCAUGCGAUGCUUGAAAUAUUUGUCUGUAAAUUCAAAGCAGACGACAAACGAUUUUCCGAAGUAAAACUUAUUUUUUAUAGAAUCACGCAAAUCGUAGACCACGCUUUUUGCCUUUAAAACCAUUGAAACAUGUUACUUUAAGAGGGUUUUCGUUUCUGCGUUGUAAUUCUAGUUUCUUCAAUGAAAUGUCGGUUGUCUGUUGCUUCAAAAGGAACACAGAAAUCGUUCGAUUAGUUUUAAAAAUAGUCAGUGUGGUAUGGGGUGGCUGAAAUAUUAUGAAUCUAGCUGCGAUGGGUUAAAGAGCUCACAGAAUGUUUCCAGCUCUAUUAUCUGCUGCUUCAGUCAAUCAACACUUACACUCGACAUCGCUUGAUGGCAAAACAUUAACAUUAAAGAAAUAGUAGCAUUAUUUAAACUUAUUAAUCUUUCCAUGCACACAUAAAAAUAAAUUUCAUUACAAUUACCACCUUGGCGAAGUGACUGGCAGACAGCCAAAACGCUAAUUGAGGUUUAACUAAGAUUUACAAAACAUCAGAUGGCCGGAAGUUUGUUAUUUUUGAUAAAUUAGAGGAAUCGAAGAAAGGCAGCCAUUUCUGAAAUAAUGUGUCAAUGAAAGAGUGAGUACUAAGUAAUCUUGAAGAGCCCUCCAGAUCCUAAAUCUAACCCUUAGAGCACUCCAUAGGUAACAAAACCUUGACUCUGUAACAGAAGUGUAGUUUCUAGUUGUUCAUUAUAUCAUUACAGUACUAUUUGUGUAAUCCUUCAUUGCAUACUGGGGACCAUGUGCUUUAAAGAGAUAUGUCAUUUUGUAUCUUUUGUGUACCCUGCACAUUGUCAUUAAAAGCCAAGUUUAUAGGCAAUAUGGUAUAAAAUGUUACAAACUAAGUUUUUGUUCUCUGAGCCCAAAAACAAAAUCAAGCUUUAGAUACAUGGCAUUUAAAGGUGAUCAGGAUUGCUUGGCACUUUCAUAAUUGACUUACUAUACUUUGGAUUGGAGUGUUAGAUCCAUGAGACAGUAAAUUUAUUGCAACUUUCAACUCUUAUUUCAGAAAGAUCAGUGGAUAACACAGAGUUUAGUUUGCAAGAUGAAGAUGCUCCAACAUCAGUUGAUUUAGAAGAGUUUGCAAGGGAAUUUAAACAGCGACGAAUCAAGCUGCAUUUCACUCAAGCUGAUGUUGGCCUUGCUUUGGGGAAAAUGUAUGGCAGCAUGUUUAGCCAGACUCACAUCUGUCGCUUUGAGGCUCUGCAAUUGAGUUUUAAGAACAUGUGUAAACUCAAGCCGUUGCUGAUGAGGUGGUUGGAAGAGGCUGAUAAUGACAGAAGUUCUGGAAGCAAUUGCAAUCCUCUGGAAACUCAGGGAAGAAAGCGAAAGAAGAGGACAUCCAUUGAUGUCACUGUCAAAAGUGUGCUGGAAAAACACUUUUCUUCCAAUCCCAAACCAUCUUCACAAGAAGUCGAAGGGCUUGCAGAAAACCUUGGAAUCGAUAAGGAAGUUGUGCGAGUGUGGUUCUGCAACAGAAGGCAGAAAGAAAAGCGCUUAAGUGCAGCAGCCACAGGAGAAGAUGAAGGCCAACAAGUUGAAUCACAGUGACUCACUUUCAUCUCAAAGUGUAUUGUUAUCCCUCAGCCACCUUUAACAUAUCAUCAAUAGUUAUAUCAUACAUCAUAGAACUGCACAAAAACUUCUCAUAGUUUUUUUUUUUCAGCUGUAUGUUUGCUUGUUUCC